AUGCCCUCCUCAGCCGUCCAAACCGCCUGGGAGGCAUGUGACCUCACCGACACGCUCUUCGUCCUCGUCUGCACCGUCUUCUGCUGGCCCAUCAUCCCCGCCGUCGGUCUUGCCUACAGCGGCUACUCGCACCGUCGAAAUGGCAUGGCAUCUUUCAUGCCCUCACUUCUCGUCAUGGGAUGCUGCACCAUCCAAUGGUUCUUCAUUGGCUACUCGCUCGCGUACGGAGAGGGGUCCGGUGUUAUUGGCAACUUGAAAUAUUUCGCGCAUUGGGGAGUCCUGGCUGAGCCCGUGGGAACGAUUCCGGCUAUCUUGUUCAGUGAAUUCCAGCUCAUUUUCUGUGCUACGGUUUGCGCUAUUGCGGUUGGUGGUGCUUGUGAGCGCGGUAGAACUGUUGCGUUGAUUCCGUUCAUCUUCCUCUGGACGACCUUCAUCUACUGUCCGCUGGCUCAUAUGGUUUGGUCUGAUGAUGGAUUUCUGGGAAAUCUGGGAGUUCUCGAUUUCGCCGGCGGAACUCCAGUUCAUAUCUGCAGCGGAGCCACAGCCUCAGCGCUCUCGAUAUACCUCUCCUACCCGCUCUUCCGCUCCAAGAAAUCCGCCACCAGAACACCGUCUCACAUCAAGCUUCACGGCCCUGGAAACUCCAUGCACCAGCUCAUCGCGCUCGUCAUAAUCUGGAACUCUUGGCUCGCAUUCGACGCGGGCACAACCCUCAGCCUGAACUUCAAAUCCAUCAUGGCGCUCUGCGUCACGAACCUGUGCGCAUCAGGCGGUGCUGUUACAUGGGCAUGUCUCACUUACUACGAGACAGGGAAGUGGUCGCUGGACUCUACAUUCUUGGGUGCGCUGGCAGGACUUGUCCUCAUCACGCCUUCCGCCGGCUUUAUCGACAUGCCGACUGCUUUCUGCUUUGGCGUCGCGGGCGCACUUAUCUGUCGCCAGGCGCUGCGCAUCAAAGCCACGGCGCUCGCUGCUAGGUGGCGGUGGGUGGAUAACGGUGAUACGUUCGCGACGCACUGUAUUGGUGGGUUUGUGGGGACGGUUGCCACGGGCCUGUUCGCGCGGAAGGAGGUAGCUGCGUAUGAUGGCGCGACGGUUAUCGAGGGGGGUGUGUUCUUUGAUGGGAAUGUAAGGCAGCUGGGGAUCCAGGUUUUGGAGGCCGUUAUUGGCUUUACGUGGUCAUUUGUCGGGUCGUAUGUUAUUAUCGCGCUGAUUGAUUGUGUUCCUGGGUUUGAGGUGCUGGCGACUGAUGAGGAUAUAGUUGCUGGCAUGGAUGUAGCGGAGAUGGAGGAAUCGUUUGAUGGGGAACGAGAAGAUGGCUACCAUCCUUUUAAGAAUGGGGAUAUACAUCUAGAGUGA